AUGCCCCCGGCAUCGCGGAGCCUCGAAGACUUGGUCAACGAGGGCUUGACGCCGGACAGGUACGUGAUGGACAACGCUGACUUGCACUCUGUCGAGAAGUACGACGACCCUUUCACGCAACAGUUGCAGAAGUGGUGGACAGCGCAGACCAGACACGAGCAGAAUCAGAACGAGCGGAACAUGACACUGCUCUGCAGUGGCCGGAGUUCAAGUUGCGUGAUGUCGAGGCUUUCUCGUGUAUGUACAAACACCUGUGUUUGCAGGUUACUGGGCAUCCUGGGCUUGGAUCCGAGAAAAACGCGGCAGAAGCACACUUCGGAGCAGAAGAACAUUUCGGCGGGAUGGCUUUUGGAUAGACCACUGCAACCAUGCUGGCGAGACCCGACGCUGCUGAACAAUGUCGCAGAGGCCCGGACCGGCGCUCGAUGUCUCAAGGCUCUUUCUCUGCUCCCUGUUUUCAAGGGCGACUUCGUGCAGUCCCACACGCUGGAGUAUCUGUUUUGCUGCGAGCAGGGAGCCGAGCAUAGACUGCUCCGCUGCAAGAUCUCCAGAGAGUUCAUCAAUGCCAACUUCCUGCCCGGCAACAACUCCAAGGUUUUCCUGCAGAUCGCAAAUGCGGCCGGCUGCCGGACUACAAAAGGCGCCGUGGAUUUCAAGGAUGUCGCAGCCAAAGUCCGCAAGUGCCUUCUCAAGAAGAUUCGCGUGCGAGGCAAAGACGUGUCUUUUCCGAAGAUCGACCCGGCGCUGGCAACGCAGAACUCGUGCAAAGCCGUGGAGGUCCUCCAGACUUGGCUGUGCGGCCGGUGGGGUGGCAAGAAGCGACAGCUGCCGCCGCUGGUCUUGAAGCUCCAGACCUGCAACAAGGACCGGGUGUGCCACGGUGUGGACGAAGAGGAAGUGUCAGCAACGCUGAAAGCGGAGUUCUCUGCCGAACCAGCCGCGAAGUGUCAGCAGCGCUCAAAGCCUAAACCCUAA